UUGAGUCAUCCGAGCCGCUUGGGGUCGCUAAUGGUUGUAAGGCGGUGAUUGUUGCUGAGCUGUGCGACGUUUGGAAGCAUCGUUGGAAACAUCUCUUUAUAUUACAAAGCCCUUAUGAAGUGAUGCUGUGUGUUUUGCGGAGUCCUGUGCAGAGGCCUCUUAUCUCUCUGCAAUGGAUCUGCUCCCUUUAUUCCACCAAACCUCAUUCUCUUCAGAGCGAGGUCUCCACGGAGACGCGUCUCAACCCCCUUAACAUCCAGAUGCUGUCAAGGAAUCUGCACGAGCAGGUCUUUCAUGGACUGGAGCCAGAGUACAGAGAGGCAGAUGUAGAGCGCAGCAUUAAGCACCUGCAGAAGCACCAGUUGUGGGGGAAGGACACUUCGCUGUUACCUGAUGUGGAGCUGAAGCUUCCCAACAUGUAUGGUAAAAACAUUGAUGAACACUACCGAAUCUUGGCCCAGAAGCAGAGCCUUCCUUACCUUGAGGCUGCCACCAAGCUGAAGCAAGCCCAGCUGCCCCCCAUGCCUGAGAAAUGGGCCUGGGAAGUCGGCUGGACACGCUAUGGCCCAGACAGGGAAGCUCAGAAGGUUGACUUUCCAGAGGAGUCAGCACUGGUGUUUGAUGUGGAAGUGUGCAUGCUGGAGGGGCAGUGUCCCACACUGGCUGUUGCAGUGUCUCCCACCAACUGGUACUCUUGGUGCAGUAAGCGUUUGAUUGAAGAGAGAUACUCAUGGUCAAGCCAGUUGACCCUAGCUGACCUCAUCCCACUGGAGACACCUAUCAACUCUGCCCGGCCCCCAGGGGGUCAGUGGAAGGAAAGGCUCAUAGUGGGUCAUAAUGUCAGCUUUGACCGGGCUCAUAUUAAAGAGCAAUACCUACUAAAGGGUUCUAAGAUGCGCUUCAUGGACACGAUGAGUCUACAUAUGGCCAUCUCUGGACUGACCGGGUUCCAGCGCUCAUUGUGGAUGGCCAGCAAGCUGGGAAAAAGGAAAGGUCUUCAGGAAGUAAAGGAACACAUUAAAAAAACCACACAGAAGAAAGAGGGUUCAAAGAUUGGCUCCUGGGACUGGGUGAAUAUUAGCAGCAUUAACAACCUGGGUGAUGUCCAUGCUCUGUAUGUGGGAGGGCAGCCAUUACAGAAAGAGGCACGAGAGACAUUUGUGAAGGGCACCAUGAUGGAUGUCAGGAACAACUUCCAGGAGUUAAUGCAGUACUGCGCUUUAGAUGUUCAGGCCACCCAUGAAGUAUUCACAGAACAGCUACCCCUCUUCAUGGAGAGGUGCCCUCAUCCAGUGACACUUGCUGGAAUGUUGGAGAUGGGUGUGAGCUACCUUCCUGUCAAUCAGAACUGGAGGCGGUACCUGGAGGAUUCAGAAGACACAUACGAAGAGCUCCAGAGAGAGCUGAAAAAGUCUCUGAUGAAUCUCGCAGAUGAUGCCUGCCAGCUCCUACAGGAUGACAAAUAUAAAGAGGAUCCUUGGCUUUGGGAUCUUGAGUGGGAUGUGCAGGAGUUCAAACUAAAGAAAGAGACAAAGAGUAAGAAGAAGCCCUCCAAAAAAGAAGCUGAGUCACAAGUUGUUACUCCAUUUCCAGACUGGGAUGAAGAUGUAGGUCCACCAGCUGAAGAGGAGGUUGAAGGUCCAUGCCCCAGCAGGUUGGCUGUGGAGAAGCUGAAGAAAAUGGUAGACCGACUUCCCAAGAGAAGGCAACAUCUUCCCAGUCAUCCAGGGUGGUAUCGUAAGUUGUGUGAGAAAAUGAGUGAAGACAGCAACUGGUCACCUGGAGCCAGCCUGAUCACUGUGCAGAUGAGAGUCACUCCAAAGCUGAUGGGUCUGACGUGGGAUGGUUUCCCCUUGCAUUACACAGACACACACGGGUGGGGCUACCUGGUGCCUGGACACAGGGAUAAUGUGGAAUAUUCGGAGGAGAAUACAGGACCUGUGUGCCCACACAGAGCUAUUGAGAGUGUUUACAGAGAGUUUUGUGAGCAGAAGAGUAAGGAGGAGUCUCAGUCUUUGGACAGCAACCCCUCAGAUGACCUCAUGUGGACAGACAGCACAGUGUGGACACAGGUGGAGGAGUUAAGUUGCACUGAGAAUCAGACUGAGGAAAAUGGUUCCAAAAUAACAAGUAUAACAAAAGAAUCAAACAAGCUCCAAGAUUCAGAUUUGAUCCCAGAGGAGAGUUGUUGUCACCAUCACAGUGGAAACGGACCUUACAAUGACAUAGAUAUCCCAGGGUGUUGGUUUUUUAAAUUACCUCACAAGGAUGGAAAUCAGAACAAUGUUGGAAAUCCGUUUUCAAAGGACUUCCUGUCCAAAAUGGAGGAUGGCACUUUGAGGGCAGGAAGGGGUGGAACCAAUGCUGCACAUGCUUUGGAGAUCAACAAAAUGAUGUCUUUCUGGAGGAACGCCCAUAAACGUAUCAGCUCUCAGAUGGUGCUGUGGCUGCGAAAGGGAGAACUUCCUCGCACUGUCACCAGACACAAAGACUAUGAUGAAGAGGAGCAGUAUGGUGCCAUAUUACCUCAGGUCAUCACUGCUGGAACAGUAACACGAAGGGCAGUGGAGCCAACAUGGCUGACCGCUAGUAAUGCACGGCGGGAUCGAGUGGGCAGUGAGUUGAAGGCCAUGGUGCAGGUUCCGCCGGGGUACCACCUGGUAGGAGCCGAUGUGGACUCUCAGGAGUUGUGGAUUGCUGCUGUGCUUGGAGAGGCUCACUUUGCUGGUAUUCACGGCUGUACCGCCUUUGGUUGGAUGACUCUUCAAGGGAAGAAGAGUGAUGGCACCGACCUGCAUAGUCAUACGGCUGACUCUGUGGGCAUCAGCCGAGAGCACGCUAAGGUUUUUAAUUACGGACGCAUCUACGGUGCAGGGCAGCCGUUCGCUGAAAGGUUGCUGAUGCAGUUCAACCAUCGCCUCACCCAGGCAGAAGCGGCUAGUAAGGCCAAACAGAUGUAUGCUUUAACAAAGGGGAUACGCAGAUAUCAUCUGUCAGAAGAAGGCGAGUGGCUGGUCAAUGAAAUGGGUGUUGAUGUGCAGCGAGAUGAAGAUGCAAGUGUAUCUCUGCAGGACUUAAGGCAGAUCACCAGAGUAGCCUCACAGAGAUCCCGGCGAAAGACGUGGGAUGUGGUCAAAAAACGUGUGUGGUCUGGAGGCACAGAGUCGGACAUGUUCAAUAAGCUCGAGAGUAUCGCUCAAUCUGCCCAUCCAGCGACCCCUGUUCUAGGCAGCAGAAUUAGCAGAGCUCUGGAGCCCAAGACCGUGAAAGACGAGUUUAUGACCAGCAGAGUAAACUGGGUGGUCCAGAGCUCAGCUGUGGACUACCUACAUCUGAUGCUGGUUACCAUGAAGUGGCUGUUCGAGGAGUAUGACAUUGAUGGCCGUUUUUGCAUCAGCAUCCAUGAUGAGGUGCGCUACCUCGUCUGCAGUGAAGACCGUUUCAGAGCAGCACUCGCACUUCAGAUCACCAACCUGCUGACGAGGAGUAUGUUCGCCCAUGCUUUAAGCAUGCAGGACCUUCCCCAGUCGGUAGCUUUCUUCAGUGCAGUUGACAUUGAUCAGUGUCUAAGGAAAGAAGUCACCAUGGACUGCGUGACCCCGUCUAACCCCACAGGUGUCAAACUAAGAUACGGCCUCCAAGCAGGUGAAGCUUUGGACAUUUACCAGAUCAUCAACAUCACUGAAGGUUCCUUGAAUAAAGUAAGAUAACUGUGAUUUAAUGACUGGCACUCAAAACAGCUGGCCAAACAGAUCCAGGAGUCGCUCAAAUCAGUGAGUGAUGUAGGCGACAAGAGGAACACCGAGUGCCAGGUCACUGUUUUCGCCUCUUCUGUUUGGGUUCCUGUGUGUCCUCUGCUUCCUGUGACACUGUGGCCUGAAAGGUGGAAUAAAAGGACACUGAGACUUCACCCAGAAAGCCGUUUACUGGGACAGAACUAGUGUGGGAGAUGAGCUUCCUCACAUAUUCCAAGAGGGGAAAAAAGUGAUUGUGGAUCCUUGUUUUAUUUCUAUGUGUGGACAUAAGAAGGUAAACUACUACUAGAAAUGACAGGUACACCAGCAUCACAGUCAUCACUGGUGUGAUAGUGCCAUUGCGCCAUGAGAAAUCAGGCCAAUGAGAUCCUCUGCCAGGCCAGAUCCCCCCCCCCCCCCCCCCCCCCCAAAUGAGGCAAUGAAAAUAACACCAUUAAUUUGGAAACCAAUAAUCAUUUCUGGCUUUCCCACAACUCUGAGGCUAUGAAUAUCAAUGGUUUGUACAUUUCCUGUUCUGCUGAGCUCCACAUGAGUCAAUCUGUUAAAUACUUUUCUUAUAGCUGUAACAGGCUACAAAGUCACAUUCACAUGAAGACUCAUGUAAAUGCUGUUAAACUGAUUGUGUUGUGUGAACCAGUAGGCUUUUGUGCUGCCAACUUGUUUAAACUUUAAUGGUCAUUAAUUAAACACAGCUACAGAUUUGUUGAAUGUAAAACUGUUACUAAAAGGGUUGUAUCUUGCACAACCAGUAAUACCAUAUUAUACCAUCCAAAAAGUGAAAAAUACUGUGAAAUGUAACUAUUUUAGGCCUUAUUGCCCACUGUUAACUAUUGGUUUGAGAUGUCUGGAUACAGCAGUGUGAUAAGAAUAAAGAGCAGUAAAGGGCUAUUGCUACACGUUUGAAGGAUAAAGACCGUUGUCCUAUUCAGAUUAGCAGUGUCUAAUUGACCACUACUGUUCAUCUUUGGUGAUCACAUUUACUUGAGAUGGAACUUACUUUACAGCUAUCACUAGACUCCCUUGAAGCCAGAUAAACUAGUCAGUACUUUAAAGAGUAACAACUGUGGCAAUAAUAGUAAAAUACAAUAAUAUACAAUUUAUGUAUGAAA